UGUCAUUCUGCAAAAGCUGCCCAAGAACAGCUUUCCUCUGAAAAGCAGUGCAGUUCCUAUUUAGAAAGACUGAAUCUAAAUGUUGUCUCUGGAGACAAGAAGCCUUCAGUAUGUUAAAUUACUUUCAUUAUGUAUUUUCAGAUGCUUAUUGAUUCCACAGUAGGAAGAGUGAGACUGCAGCAGCCUCUAAGCAGCACUACAUGUUCCAUACAUUAGCAGUACUGCUGAAACAAUGGCACAGUACAGACACAUAUUUUCAUUAAGGUCAUUCUGGAAGAGCUGUUUAUGAUCCUCCUUCCCCAGUCCUCUGCUAACAAGUGAACAAAAUGAAUCAAUCAAACCUGGAAAUGCUUCAACUACAUCAAGAAUUUAUCAAAUCUUUAGCAGAGGGCCCACAGCAGCUAAUUCAGUAUUUACAACUGGCAAUAUGAAGAAUUCAACUGAUCGAGUGUCUCCCUAGCUGUCUAAACCACAAGCUGCAGGAUAUUCUUGCAAAAAAAUGAUUUUAGGACACUGAGGAGUUAAAAACCAAAGAAUACUUUAUUGCUGGAAUACAAAAAACUGACAGUAAUCAUCCCAAGAAGAUGCUAUAUAAAAUAGCCACAAAAAGAAAAAGAAUGAAACUAUAAAAGCCUGAAAACAAAAUGGUGAGCAUUUUUAAAGGGGGAGUUAAUAUUUAACAUACCAGAAUUGUGGAACUACUAAUUCUUGAAGAAGCAGGGAAAUAUGACUUGCCAAGAGGAGAAUGGCACACAUUACCAGCAAGCUAAAUGAAGCUUUAGCAAGUCUUUUCUGCACUAACUAUUCAGAUAUUUCUAUCAAUUGAUGUGACUCAAGGAUUUUUCCAUCUGAGUUUAUGACCAAUUAUGUAUCCUCUUUUAAUGAAAACAAACCAAAUUAGAAAGGAAUGGUUUUAAUCAAAAGAACAUAAACUGGAUUUAUAACAUAAAGCAAGCUGUGUGCUCAAGAAGCCAGUUCAAAAUAAUGAGGACUGCUAUAGAAACAGAUUUUCAAUUGUAACAAGAGUGUCUAAAUAUAUUUUAGAAGCUAGAAACCUGUGUUUCCUUUUUUGUUUUCACACGCUCUGGAGAAUAAAGUGACACUGUCAUAUAUUCCAUCAGAGGGAAACAUAAUUCUUAUGAUUUGAGGAAGUUUCUCUUGAUCGUGACUUUCUUAAGGCAAAACAAACACAAAUAUUUUAUACUGGUCUUUAGAAAUUCAUCAGCCAACUAAAUCUCACAAUUCAUGCAGUUGAAGUUUUGGAGAGAAAAAUGAAAGAAUUCCUACAAGACAUGAAAUAAAACACAGCUACUUCACUGCUGUCAGGUAAACAUUUAUGUCAAAUCUGUCCAUGACAUCAUGUACCAAUUUGUGAGAAACUGCUCGUGUGAGCCAAAAGGCCCCUAAGGCAACAACAAACAGGAGAAAAAAACGAAUGCUCCAAGAGAAUGUGUUUUUCUCCCAUUCUGGAAAUCAACAUGCAGUCUGAAUCUAACAUUACAGUGCGAGAUGACAUUGAUGACAUCGACACCAAUAUGUACCAACCACUAUCAUACCCAUUAAGCUUUCAAGUGUCUCUCACCGGAUUUCUUAUGUUAGAAAUUGUAUUGGGACUUGGCAGCAACCUCACCGUAUUGGUACUUUACUGCAUGAAAUCCAACUUAAUCAACUCUGUCAGUAACAUUAUUACAAUGAAUCUUCAUGUGCUGGAUGUGAUAAUCUGUGUGGGAUGUAUUCCUCUAACUAUAGUUAUCCUUCUGCUUUCACUGGAGAGUAACACUGCUCUUAUCUGCUGUUUCCAUGAGGCCUGUGUAUCUUUUGCAAGUGUCUCAACAGCAAUCAACGUUUUUGCUAUCACUUUAGACAGAUAUGACAUCUCCGUAAAACCUGCAAACCGAAUACUGACGAUGGGCAGAGCUGUAAUGCUAAUGACAUCCAUUUGGAUUUUUUCGUUUUUCUCUUUUUUGAUUCCCUUUAUUGAGGUCAAUUUUUUCAGCCUUCAAAGUGGGAAUACAUGGGAAAACAAGACACUUUUGUGUGUCAGCACUGAUGAAUAUUACACUGAACUGGGAAUGUAUUAUCACCUGCUAGUACAGAUCCCAAUAUUCUUUUUCACUGUCAUAGUGAUGUUAAUCACAUACACCAAAAUACUUCAGGCUCUUAAUAUCCGGAUAGGCACAAGAUUUUCAACAGGGCCAAAGAAGAAAACAAGGAAGAAAAAGACGAUUUCUCUAACCACACAUGAGACCACAGACAUGUCCCAAAGCAGUGGUGGGAGAAAUGUCGUCUUUGGUGUAAGAACUUCAGUCUCUGUAAUAAUUGCUCUCCGGCGAGCUGUGAAACGACACCGAGAACGACGAGAAAGGCAAAAGAGAGUCUUCAGAAUGUCUUUGCUGAUUAUUUCUACAUUUCUUCUCUGCUGGACACCAAUCUCUGUUUUAAAUACCACCAUUUUGUGUUUAGGACCAAGUGACCUUUUAGUAAAACUAAGAUUGUGUUUUUUAGUCAUGGCUUAUGGAACAACUAUAUUUCACCCGCUGUUAUAUGCAUUCACUAGACAAAAAUUUCAAAAGGUCUUGAAAAGUAAAAUGAAAAAGCGAGUUGUUUCCAUAGUGGAAGCUGAUCCCAUGCCUAAUAAUGCUGUAAUACACAACUCAUGGAUAGAACCUAAAAGAAACAAAAAACUUACCUUUGAAGACAGUGAAAUAAGAGAAAAAUGUUUAGUACCUCAGGUUGUCACAGACUAGAAAAUUCACCAAAUUCAUAUCUAGAAGUUUUUAAAUUGUAAAAAAUAAAAUUACUGCCAAAUAUUAAAAAAGAACAUUUCAAGUAUUGGUGUAAAUUUUCAGUGUAAAUGUCAAGAUUAGAUUAGUUCAUAUAUAUUCAACUUCUUCAUUACUUAAUGUAUUUGUUGCAUGGCAGUUUGUUAAAGUAGUACCAUGUGUAUAUUUUGUCAAAAUUAUGUCCAUCCUAAGAUAUUCGUGUAAGUCAUAUUUUCUAAAGAAUAAAUACAUAGCCUUAAAAAAGUGUAUAACUUUAAAAUGUAACUCACAGAGAUAUCCUUGUUUUAUAUAUAUACAAUAUGAAACGUAUAUAUAUAUAAAGUGGACUAUUUUUAAGCCACAGAUUAUAGAUAUAUUUAAGUGAAGACUCCUAGGGUAUCAUUUUAACAUAAAGACUAAAAGGAUGGGCUCCAAAUAAUCAGAGCAAUCUAGAAUUUCUUGUAUAUUAUGUGUUCUAAUAUAGAGUACUUGAUAUAUCUUUCAUACAUCAAAAAUAACGAACUAUGUUCAAAACUUUACCCUUUUAUUUUUACUAUAGGAAAUUAUAGUAUUUAUUAAGAUAUUUAAAAGUCAAGAAUCAAAACUGAAACACAAACCCCUGUAUAUAUAUCCCCAUCAUGAUAGGAAAACAUAAGGUUCAAGUUUAUUAUACAAAAAGAUUGAUUUUUUUAAAUUAAGGAAACUAUGCCUAUAAUAUGCAAACUAAUGGAUAAUAAAGGGAAGGAAGAAAGUUAAAUUACAAUCUCCCUCACUUUGUUGAGUUUAAGCCAAAUACUCUAAAUAUGUAUAUAAAUAAAGUAUACAGGUAAAAAAGCAUUCAAUAAAAUAAACUUGACUUCCUAACUUUAUUCUAGUCAAUUUUUUCAUAUUAAAAUUUGAGUAUAGUCAAGGAAAAAUAAAUAAUACCAUUUUAGAAAGGCCUAACAAAGCCAACUGCUUCUAAUUUUAGACUCAGAGAAACUUCAGAAUAAUGCAACUCACAUUAUAGUUCCCAAAUGUUUCAAAAUACUAUAUAGUUGUUUAUAUUCUGAAAAUCAUUAAAAGCAGCAGUAAUCUGUCAACUUUUCUACUCUAUACCACUUAAUCUAACUUAAAAUAUUUUGCCUUCAGUCCUCAAAUCAUGCUGAAUAACUAUGAAAUUAUUAAUCCUAACUAUUGAUAUCAGGCUAGGGAAUCUCAUAUCAAACAAGUAUUUUCCAAGUAUUAUAAUCUAAUAAUCUAUCAAUGAGUGCUAAUGUACCUAUAUAAGAAAGUUAGCAAUAAGUUAAAGUAGGCAAAUACUUACUACCUGACAACCGACUUCAUGAAAAAGUUUUCUAUUUUUUUAACUAUAUUCACUAAAUCAAGCAGCCACUCAUUUUUAAAUAAAAAAAAAUUAUGUGGAAAAAUUAAAUAGUAUGUCACUUUUGUGCAAAUGAUUCUA